AUACUUGAUUUUUAGGAAUAUGAUUAAAUAAUCCAGAUUUUUAGGAAUAUGAUUAAAUAAUCCAGAUUAAAUAUAAUCAGCUACUACCCAGCUCUGCUUAUGUAAGGAUUAUGUUUUUUUAGCUCAGUAUAAAAACAAAAGCGUAUGGAAAGACCCAAAAGAGAAAGUGUGUACGAGAGAGAGGAAUCAAAUUUCAUCUUUCAUUAUGAGUGGAAAUUUAAAUAGCUGAAGAUGUAUAACCGGUUUUUGAGGUUGAGUGCAAAGAGCAGAAACAGAAAAAGACGAAGCAGAUACACACUGCACGACAACACUGAAUAUAAUUGUACACAGAACUGCUGAAAGAAGGAAGACAGAGGCAAAAACUACAAAUAAAUAAAUAAAUUGGAGAUUUGCACACCACCAAUUCAACAUAAUGGAAAUCCAAGGCAAAUCCUCUACUGAUUUACCCGAUCGACCUGAGAUAUUUGAAUUUGAGGGUAUCUCAAUGGUCGAGCACUUCACUAAGAACUGGGAAAAUGUGAAAAACUUUCAAGCAAGACCUGAUGACAUUCUAAUCGCCACUUACCCCAAAGCAGGCACAACUUGGGUUUCUAAUAUUCUAGACCUUCUGUAUUUUGGUAAGGAAGAUCCAAAGCGCCAGACCACCAAGCCUAUCUAUAAAAGAGUGCCAUUCCUGGAGUCUUGUUUUCCAGAGAUGCAAUCAGGCACAGAACUGGCUAAUAACCUGCCAACCUCUCCUCGCCUAAUCAAAACUCAUUUACCUGUUCAACUUGUUCCCCAGUCCUUCUGGGAGAAGAACUCAAGGGUGGCAUAUGUAGCUCGUAAUGCAAAAGACAACGCGGUUUCCUAUUUUCAUUUUAAUCGAAUGAACAAGGCACAACCUGAACCAGGAGACUGGAACACCUUCCUGGAAGAAUUUAUGAAAGGAAAAAUGGUGUUUGGUUCUUGGUUCGACCAUGUCUGUGGAUGGUGGGAGAAAAAAAAAACAUAUCCUAACUUACACUACAUGUUGUACGAGGAUAUGGCGAAAGACAUUAAAGGCGAAGUAGAAAGUUUGUGCACUUUCUUAAAAUUGUCACGUUCAGACGAAGAGAAGGAGAAAAUAAUAAAUGGCAUUCAGUUUGAUGCCAUGAAACAGAACAAGAUGACCAAUUACUCCACUGUCCUAGUGAUGGAUUUCACAAUCUCGCCGUUCAUGCGGAAAGGUAAAGUUGGAGACUGGAAAAAUCACUUUACUGUGGCACAGAAUGAACAGUUCAAUGAGGACUACAAACAGAAGAUGAAGAAUUCCACUCUCAAGUUCCCUACUGAGCAUGGGCGUAAAACCCGGGGGGGACGGGGGAGACAUGUCCCCUCCCAUCCGAGACUUGUCCCCCCCCCGCAAAAAAGAAAAAAUUUAAAUUAUAAAAAAAAAAAUCUUAAUUGUGAAAAAUAUACCUAUAUAUACCUAAAAUAAUUGUCUAAGUAGAAUGAAAACAGCAUGUAUUAUUUAAAAUGCAUUUAGAAACAGUUGAGUUACCCCUCCCCUUCCUCAAAGUGGUUCGGUCCACUGUGUGCUUUUUCUCAUCUCACCCAUCUCACACGCAUGCGUGUCUGCGUCACGUCUGCUUCAAGGGUUUGCAGCACAUUGCAUACUCUUAUUUUUGCUUAAUUAUACCUAUUCAUUCUCUAUCAGUGUUUUCACUUAUCCUUAGAUGUUUCAUUUGCAAUUAAGUGCUUUUUACCUUUCUUAUUUAUAGCUUUUUAUUCCAAAUGGUAAUAUUUAUACAAUUGAUGUAAACAUUUUGGUAUGCCAUAUAUGGUUAUACCUAUUGCUUCUUUUAUUGUGGUUACAGCUCAUUGGUGUGUCUACAGUUUUGCAGCAGUGUGUGUACACACAACUGAUAUCUGUGUUUGACCUAUAGUUCAUGUGUGUGCUCAUUUGAAGGCCUUUGCUUUGAAAUUGCAAGGAAAUUACAUUAUGAAAAUUUUCUGUGUCAAAAGCAUCCAAGUGUGUUUAGUGAUUUGCAAAUGACUGUGUGUAAUGUUUUGCAAAAAGUGUGAAGCUGACAAUGUGCUUACAGUUGUGCAGAUCUAGACUUGUGUUUUGUUAUUACCUCUGAAACAAAUCAAACCCAGAUUAUAUCAGUAUUAGUCAGGUAGAAAUUAUACGAGUGUUUAAGAUUGAGAUCAGCAGUGUGUAAAUGAAGCAAAAGGAUUUAUCUUGAAUGAGGCGUGUGUGUUCUGUACGGUGUUAAAAUUGUGUUUUGUUAGUGUUGUAAAGUUUUGGAUGAAGUGUUUUAUUUUGCAUAAGUUCUGAUGUGUUCUGCUGUUUGUGUGUGUGGAUGUGGAAAUUGUGUGUGUUUUGACAAAAUGAGCCUUCAUUUCAAUAUUGUGCUUGAGCCAUUAAAAAAAAAAAAAAAAAAAAACUGUAAAUG